AUGGAAAUUUUUAUAUCAUCAUCCAACAACAACGAAUUUAGACUACCAAAAUCAUUAUUCUCGUAUUUUCUAACCACUUGUAAAAACCUAACUGAAAUAGAGUUCCAAUAUUAUCAAGAAUCAAAUUUGCCAGAACCUUUCGAAGUGUUUAACGAACUAAAUCCUGAAACUAUUUGUUCACCAUUAUCUAAGAUCUUAAUUGAUUUGACCCGUGUGCCAUCAGAACCAAUACUUUCAUUAAUAGCCGAUCAUAUUGAAACAUUGGAAGAAUUAACGAUAAAGAUUUUAUAUCAGACUACACCUUUACCGGUAGAAAUUUUGAGAAGAUUAAUAAUAAACAAUAAAAACUUAAGGAAGGUUACAUUGUAUACAAUAGAAGGAUGUAGAGUAUUAAGUAAUAAAGUUUGCAAAUGGUGA